GUACCUGUAUGAACUCUAUUGAGCCGAAAGUUAGUGGUAAGAGAAUAAAAUAAUAACAAAGAAUUUAUACAAGAUAUCGGUGUCAAUUGUGAUUUGCUGCAACGGUUCAACCUUAAAAUUCAGUGUUCUAAAUAUACCUGGAUAUUUAACGAUUGGUGUUGAAAAAAAUUAAAAUCAUGGCAAGAUCAAAAAAAUGUACAGAAAAAGAUAUAUCUAUGUUACUUGAAACUGAUUCAGAUAAUGAUAUAGAAGAAUCUACUGAAUGUUAUACACCAAGUAAACAUAUGAAUGAAAAUUCUUCAGAUACUUCAGAGUCCAGCCAAAUAUUUGAUAAUAACAAUCGUCUCUUACUACGAAAAAAUGUAUUACAAAAAGAACAAGUCUCCCUGAGGCUCAGAUUGAGACGUUCUACUGAGCAAAGUAGUUACAAAAUAGAUAGUGAUUCAGAUAAUGAGAAAACCAAGAGAUCAACUAGAAUUGCAAAACAUCAACUGAAAAGAUUACAAGAUGAAAAUCAAAUGCCACGUAAAGGUGCAAGGAUUAUAAGAUUACCUAAGAAAUAUUCAGAUUAUGAAUGUUCUUCUCCUAAUUCACAAACACUUGUUUUACGAAAGAAACAAAUUGAUUGUAAAAGGAAAGGAUCAUUUUCUACUGCUUUCAUUGAUGAUAAGAAAAAAAAUGAAAAAUAUGACAUUAAAUAUAAUGAUCAUAAAGAUAAUAAUUCUGAUUCAGAUUGUAUUUGUGUUUCAUUUGUUCCAAAUACAAGAUCUACAAGAUCAAAAACAAUGUCAGAAAAUAACAAACUAUAUCAAGUUACUUCUAUAGGAAGCAAUGAUGAUAAUGCCUUACCUAGGAUUAGAACCAGAUCAUCAAAACCUACAUCUAAAAAUGUGGAAUCUAAAAGAGAUAACAUAAACAAAGUACUACUUGAUGACAAAAUCUCAAUCAAUUCCAAGACAAUAGAACAUACUUCAUCCCCUAGAACUCUUAAAAAAAGACUCAAAACAGAAUAUGAUUCACUAGAUACUACUCCUAAAAAAAGACUAGCUAAAAUAGAAUAUACUUCAUUGAAUAAUACUCCUAAAAGACAAAUAAAGAAUGAUAAUAUUCGUAGAUGCUUAAGUACUAGUAAAUAUAAUCCUGCAAUACAUGAAACUAAGGAUAAAGAGAAAAUUGACGAAAUAGCAGUUAUAUGUGAAAAUACCAAAGAUAUAUCCAUAAAAGUCAAACAAAGAGACAAGAAUACAAAGAAUGUUACUGAAUCAAUAAUAGUACAAAAUACUCCAAGUACUCCAAAAUCUCGCACAUCAUUGAAACAUAAUGUUUUAACACCAUCUAUGAAAAUGAGAACCAGAAUUCCAAAUAAACCAACUACACCAUUACAAAAAGCUAGGUUGAGAUUACAUGUUAGUGCGGUUCCCAAAUCAUUGCCCUGCAGGGAAGAAGAGUUUAAUGAUAUCUAUGCAUUUUUAGAAGGCAAACUAAUAGAUAAUAGAGGAGGAUGUAUUUAUGUGAGCGGUGUCCCAGGAACAGGUAAAACCGCUACUGUGAAUGAAGUUGUAAAAUGCUUAAAACAUUCAGUAAAAAUGCAUAAAUUAGAUCAAUUUGAUUUUGUUGAGAUUAAUGGUAUGAAAUUAUCGGAGCCCAGACAGGCAUAUGUACAAAUUUUGAAGCAGUUAUCGGGGAAAGUUGUAACAUGGGAACAAGCAUAUAAUGCGCUAGAAAAGAGAUUUAACAGCAGUGUUAAGAAGUCGAUGACAUUACUACUCGUAGAUGAGCUUGAUUUAUUAUGUACAAAGCGACAAGAUGUAAUAUAUAAUAUUUUGGAUUGGCCUACCAAAGCCUUCGCACAAUUAGUAGUUAUUACUAUUGCAAAUACUAUGGAUCUCCCAGAAAGAGUUUUAAUGGGCAGAGUUACAUCGCGAUUAGGUCUCACUCGCGUUAUUUUUCAACCAUACAAUCACGAACAGCUACAAGAAAUUGUAAUAACUCGGCUCAAAGAUACAGAUAUUUUUAAAAGUGAAGCUAUACAAUUAAUUGCACGUAAGGUGUCCGCGGUAUCGGGAGACGCUCGCCGUGCUUUAGACAUAUGUCGUCGAGCAGCAGAAAUUACCGAAAUACGUGAGGGAACUACAGUAUGUAUGGAAGAUGUAAAUCAAGCUUUGUCGGAGAUGAUGGCAAAUCCAAAGGUUCAAGCUAUAAAACAUUGUUCAAAAAUGGAACAAGUAUUUUUACAAGCUGUAUGCGCGGAAGUCAUACGAACCGGCGUCGAAGAAGUUUGUUUAAAAAACGUCUACAAACAAUUUGAAUCUCUAUGUUGCUUUGACGGUUUUCGAGCACCUAAUAUCACCGAAGCUCUUGAUAUUUGCGAUAGAUUGGGUAAUAGCAGAUUAUUAAUAUGCGAAGAUUCGUCAAAUGAUAUUUAUCAAAGAAUGCUAUUAAAUGUAUCAAAGGAUGACAUACAUUACGCGUUACAAUAAGAUUGCAAUUAAUGGUAUGUACAAUGUCAAAACCCAACACUAUAACUACCAAAGCAGCCAAAUGACAGGUUUGUAAUUUUUUCUUAUAAAAGUUACUCCAAUUUCUAAUGGUGCAUUCUUUGAAAUUAACCAUAACUUUUGUCGCAAUGUGUAAACGAAUAAAUAUUUUUUUUGCAUUACGUAUUUUUUAAAAAAUCUGAUUUAAACUACUCCGGUAGAAAAGUAUACGUUAAUCAUCGGUAGUUUUAGUACUAAAUGAAUAUUUUCCUCUAAUUUGAUUACAUAAAAUAUAAAUGUGUAUAUGUGUGAAUUUAAAUGUUGCAACGAUAGCAUAGUAUAAAUUUCUUGAACUUUGAUUGUUUUAUUUGUAAUUUUAUAAUGAUGAGUGUAAUAAAGUACAAUUUGUUUAGUAA